AUGAACGUACCGGCGUUUGCCUGGAGUACCUUGCUUCCACCGGAACCAGAGGUUGACCCCCAGCUCUACGAUGACUUGGUAUCUAUAUGGUGUCAGGCGCUCGUAGAGGCGAGUCUAGUUCCAGAAUGCGAGCUCGUUGCAAGUGCAUCAGCGCUCUUUCGACGAGUCGCGUCUCGGAGCAGCGACGCAGGAGGGAACUCCAGACGACCCGCGCCUGCGUGUGCACCACAGAUUCUUUCAGCACUGGUUUCCAAGGGCAAGUGCUUUUUUAUGCCGAGAACGUGGCCUGAGGACGUACUGCGCACUGCGCUUGCGGGGGGUCCACUCUUUGAGCCACCCGUGCAGCUCGGAGAGGCGCCAGCGAACGCGCUCAAUGCCCGUCAGCCUGCCGCUGGGCGUUUCAGCGGAGUACCCCGUUUAUGGCGUCGACUGCGAACCAGGAAACAGGAUGCUCUUGUUCAAGCGUUUCCCACGGCAUCCAUCGAGCCCGAGCAAAUGUUAUCGGAAACAUAUCGCAUCGUCAUGGUAGACGCAUUGGCGUCUCGAUGCAAAGACGUUUGUGCCCGCCUCGAAGAGGAUCGAGAACGAAAUCCGCGAGGACUCUAUAUUCUGGAUGAGUUUUGCGACCGGUUCUGCGGCAGAUUCGUAGAGGAUGCUCUGGCCGUGCUCAUCGCGCUAUCGGUUCAGGGAUCGGGGCGACUCUGUGCAGUGCGGUACGCCACCGAUCCACCGGUUAUCGGGUUCCAGUAUCGUGCAAGGUCGAUCUCCGAGACAGAUCGCAGCAUUUUGGCCCUUGAUGCAGUGCGUUCGAAGCUAGCCAAGCGCUCUAAUGCCUGGAAACGAGUUGCUGUAGAGAGCGAGGCCCAGGCGCGAGAUAUUUUGGCGGGGUUCCGCGGUCGACUGACAGCGAACGCUAUAGGCGACGGUGCCGCUGGGCACGUAAUCGUUACCCGCUCGCUGGCGCAUGCACGUGAGCGAGCGGCGCCUCAUGUGCGACGUAAGCUCCUCGCAGAGCAUCGCAUACGACAACUACAAGCCGCAAUAGAGCAAUUGGAACGAACGAUCUGGGCCAUGGAGCAGGCACAGGAUAACGCGAACGUCAGUCGCGCGUUGGGCCAUGGCGUGCGUCACGUGAAAUCCAUCCAAGAGCGGGACACUUCGGUGGAUACGCUCUCGGGAACGCUGGACGAUUUGGCGGAGGUUUUGGAAACCAACGCUGACUUUACGCAGGCUGUAUUGGAUGAAGCGCAGCUCGAAGGCCUUGACAGAGACAAUGACGAUGAGCUCGACAAACAGCUAGCGCAUCUACUGGACGCAUCUGGUGAAACUCGGGUAUCCGAGCAGAAACAGCUGAAAGAGGUAGGCACUCGGAGUCUUUCCAUGCGAUGUGCUGCUCGGGAAGCGCCUGCGGGAGCUGACGCUCGACCGCCUCUCGAGAAGAUGCGAUCGACCGGGCCAGAAUCACCGCGACGUGAAUUGCGUCCAACAAUGACAGAGGAUGAACAAGUCGAGGAUCUGGAAGGCACGCUUCGAAGUGUAGAUCUCUCUCAAUAA